GUGAACUUGUUGGUGAUCAAUUGGAGAAAAUGAAGUUCCUUUGUCUCAAAGAAAUAGGAAAAAAUCGUCUCGAGAAGAUUACCAGUGGCCUUCAACUUUUCACGGUCCUAGAGGAAAGAAAUAAACUAGGACCUGACAACACAGAAUUUCUAGUUUCGCUUUUGACAGACAUUGGUCGCCUAGAUCUUGCGGACAAAAUUACCAACAGUGAAAGUCAAUAUGCUGGGUCACCGAAUUCUCUUCCUAACGAUGAGCAAGGUAAAUUAAGUGGUUAUCCCCACUCCUGAAUAUUGAUGGCAAAAUGUUGACAUACCAUAGUAUAGGCCAUUUUGGGGGGGGGGGGGGGGGGGGGCUGUGACGCCUGUGACGCCUGUUUCAACAGUUAAAGGGGAGGUGUUGCUUAGUCAUUCUACAGAAGGAAGUGCCCUAUGUCUCGUUGAAUGUAUGUAAGAAUGUAUCAGAGAUCAUCGCUACAUGUUAUUUGGGGAACCGUGUCACAACUGCUAUGAAAGAUAUAACAUGAUUGCUAUCUUUCUGACAUGAUCUCCCAUACAGUAAACAUUUGCCAAUGUAAAUAUAAUAUUUCCUCUGAGGGAAAAUAUAAAACAUGAAAUGCAACUGUAUACCUCAGAGAAUGUAUAGCCUACUGUAUAUAGUGCAGUGUGUUGGAAAUAUGACUUUUGUAGGGGACUUAUUUACAUUCCAUCUUCUCUUUUCCCAGCAAAACUUGACAUUGCAACGAAAGUGAUCAUUGACAACCUUGGAAGGAGGUGGCGAGCAUAUGGCCGUAAACUUAGCUUGCCAGAGGCCAAACUGGACCAUAUCUCACAGAAGCACCCUAAUGACCUGGAGGAGCAAGUGGUGGAGCUUUUGAAGGAAUGGCGGAAAAUGCACAAAGCUGAGGCCAAAACAGACACUUUGAUAAAGGCCCUUCGCUCCUGUGAUCAGAACUACACUGCUGAUCUGAUACAGACAGAACUUGAAAAACUUAAAGCCAAUGGUGGACAG